AUGUGCGCGUUUGUGACGAAGUACGCGUGUGUGACGAAGUGCACGUGUUCGACCAAGUGCGCGUGUGUGACGAAGUGCGCGUGUGUGACGAAGUGCGCGUGUGUGCCGAAGUGUGCGUGUGUGCCGAAGUGUGCGUGUGUGACCAAGGACGUGUGUGACGAAGUGCGCAUGUGUGAUGAAGUGUGCGUGUGUGACGAAGUGACCGUGUGUGGUGACGCGCCAGUGUGGAGCAGUAUGCGUGAGGUGACGUGCGCUUGUGUGGUGAAGAAUGCAUGUGUGUUGCCGUGCACGGAGAACAAGGCGUUAAAGGUCGUACGUACGUAUCUUGUAAAGCAAGAGCGUGUGCCU